ACGCACCCGCACCCACGUAGGGCCUCGUGGUCGGGUCACCUACCCUGAGUUUUCACCCGAGGGCCCCCUCGGGGGGUUACCCCACGGUUUCUCAGGGCCAGGGAAUUUGACAGGACCCUUCCCAGGCCAAGUAACACUGCGGCGCCGUGGGCGGAUUUGAGAUCGCACGACCACGGCGAGCUCAGAGAGCCCCGCAGUUAAAAACGCAGACAAACACAAACACGGGUCAGAAAGGUCAAAAACCGGCGGGAUCGCCAAAGGGCGGGAAAUCCUAGGCUUAGGGGAUUGGUCGAGAGACCAAGGCGGUUGGGACGGGGGCGCCUAGCCUUUGAUGUGAAUGGGAUAAAGGACAGAAGGCAGAGUAGGGGAGGGGUCUUCUUCUGGAGUGGUGACACGGAGUCAGCGACGAGGGAGUGAUCGGGCGAACCGCUAGAUUGUCUGCAGGACGAUCUGAGCGCCGGAAGGCCACCAAGGACUACAGACGGUAUCGUAUUACGCGCCUUACAACACCUCAGAGCGGAAAGUAGGAUCCGUAGGAGAAGGGUUAGUUCGGGGUAAGGACGAGAGGAAAGGAGUUUAACAGAGAGCGCAGCAUAGAAUAGGGCUGCACGCCACCAGAGUGUGGGUUAGAAGCGCCUUGCUGGCCCGCACACACACACGGGUGGCUCGGUUGGUUAACAAGGGCUAAUAAAAUCUCGAGCGUAGUAAUAAAACCGUGUUGUUGGGUAUUUUUGCACGUGGUAUUAACGUGCGCUGCAUUCGCGGGUGUGUGGUCGUUGUAUGCGUAAAGGCCGUGGUCUCUGUACGAUUGUGCGGGUACGGAGGUGUGUGUGUUGACGCCCGGGGAGCGCACAGUGUAUUUGUAUAAACGCGCGGCCGCGCAAGAGGGGGGUUUUAUGUGCCCUCGCUCGAGCGUGGGCGUCGCUCGCGUGUGUGCACGCCGCGCUCGGUAAAACCCGCAAGCCGCACACGGUGAACCCGCGAGCCGCGGCGCCGGAGCGCGCUGUGAUCGCACGGCCAGGGAGAGCGCUUUUGUGUGUUUGCGUGCCUACGCAGCCGUGUGAGAGGAGAAUCGUCCUUGUACGAUACUUGUGUUGACGUACACGUGCGAGUGCGGGAGGGGACGAGUCGUUGUGUCGGCGUGUGCCCUGCUCGCGUGUGCGAAACCGCUGUGCGCAUUGAAGCUGUUAGCUUUGUGCGAUCGUGCGUGUGCUCGUUACUUGCGUAAGUGCGGCGCGGUGGUGGGCCCCUGACCCCCAACCCCGCGGCUCGAGCGCGUAAUCGGCUGCGCAUUGUCGUGCUGUUUAUCUCGCGCGCACGGCGGCGGCAACUUGCGCUCCGCGGCCAACAUCAGCGCAGGGGGAGCAUGCACACACGAUCCGCAGCACUCACGGGGGUACAGGAUAGGGAGCAGAUGGGGGACGAAAGUCCGGACCCCACCAGACAGCAAGGGGGUAAUGAUACGGAGGGGACGAUGGAGACAGAGGCGAGCAGCCUCUACAAAUUGGUAUCAGAAGCGGUACGGACCCCCGCGUUACCUCACGCUAAAAUAAGACUAAUAUUUACCGGCCGGGGGGCCCCUUCGUGGAAGGCAUUCGCCCGCAAUCUCUUAGGGGCCAAGGAAAUUAAUGGAUGGACGGACGCGCAGGCAGUACGUCAACUUAAUAUGAAUCUUGAUGGGCGGGCAGCCGAUUUUGUAGAAGCGUUACCCGCGAGCGCACAGACCACAGCUAGAGGAGCUGAUGCGCCGACUCGAUCAGUGUUUUGGCACGCGUGACGAGGAGGAAGCAAAAUCGGCCUUAGAGGCGCGCCGUCGCCAACCUGGCGAGGAUUUACGUGAUUACGCUGAGGAUGUGCGCGAGUUAACAAAGAUCGCACGCCCGGGGUACGCAACUGAUGUUAUUGAGGAACUGGCCGCCGAGAAAAUCCAGCGGUACCUGUCUCGCACGGCGUGGUGGCAGCCAGACAUGAGCUGCCCACGUCUUCCCUUUAACGCCCUUGUCGAGCGCGCACGUAAGUGUGAAAGAAUUCACAGCGAACGCGCGCAGCUCCGGGGGCUGGGACGAGAGCGCGCCAUUGCGAGCCUGCUCUCGGAAGACGAGGAGGAGGAACAGGAGCUCGCGAGGACGGUAAGGGGCCGGGAAAGAGAGCCUCCAGUGUCCCGCGAGACAACCCCGGGAUGGGUUGCCGGUAUACAAACGGGUAUAAAGGAUGUCUCCGGCCAGGUAACCCAGGUAGGCGACAGGGUAACCCAAGUAGACACCAAGGUAACCCAAGUACGGGCACACAUGACUGCGCUGGAGACAAUGGUAGAGACGGUCCAGGCCGAGGUAGGAGGAUUAACUGGGAGAGUGGCUCGACUAGAGGCAGAGUCGGGGCAGCGGCGUGCCGGAGGGGGGAUAGGGAACGGACGGGGGGGCUCCUACGGGACGGCCCCCCGUGCGUGUUACCUGUGUGACCGGCGAGGGCAUCUCGUGAGAGACUGUCCGCAGAUCGCCCGCGCUAGAAACGUGCCGGGGUUAAACCCCAACGCCCCCUAGAGAGUGGACCAUCUGGGGGUGCAAUCGAAGCGGUCCCGAUGCAAAAAGACGGUAAUAAUGGCGAGCGAGUGAUCCAUAAACAGGUUACAACGACAACACCCAAGGGCGCGGGGACCUCGGGCGAUUGGCUGCGGGAGCUGGUGGCAGGGAUAACGGGAGCCACGUCGCUGGUGGAAGGCCAGGUGAACGGGCAGCGCACCCGGAUCCUGCUGGACACGGGCGCCGUGGCCUCUCUCAUGAGCGCCGCGCACUGCAGCAUGCUCGGGGUGGACGUGGGCUGCCUGCAGGCCCCGGAUCGCGCGCUGCACACGGCAAGCGGAGCCGGGAUGGGGUUGCUGGGGAAGGUCUCCUUCGAGGUCCGUCUAGGAAACCAGGUGUGCACACAGGAAUUCUACGUUUCGAGUGUGUUGUGCCACGAGUGCAUUGCAGGAACGGACCUCCUGGAAAAGUUGGGACUUAACGUACAGCCCCGGCAACGAUGCGCUACGGUGGAGGGCAGCGGGGAGCGGAUUCCGUUCCUAGGACAGGAGCCGAAUCGCCCACGCUUCACACCCGUGGCCGCUAUGCUGGUGUCGGCCGUCACCAUCAGGCCUCUCGCCGAGAUGCUGGUGCCAGUGGCAACCCUCUCCACUGACCCAACCAACCGACCAUCGGGCGAGGUGGAGAUAACGGAGGAGGAUCGGCCAAAAACAGCAUUCACCACCCCGAUGGGCCUGUUUGAGUUUCGAGUGUUGCCGUUCGGACUCACUAACGCGCCCGCGACGUUCCAGCGGUUGAUGGAGUUGGUGAUGCGGGGCUUGCAGUGGGAACAGUGCCUGAUUUACCUGGACGACGUAAUAGUGUUCAGUAGGUCGCUGUCCGAACACUGGUCCAGGCUGCGGGAAGUAUUCCAGCGACUGCGAGCAGCCCAUCUCAAGCUCAAGCCCGAGGCAGGGGUGAGCACCGAUCCCGAGAAGGUGCGUGCCGUAGUGGAUUGGCCGCGGCCGAGGAACCUGACGGAGAUCAGGUCAUUCUUGGGACUCGCGGCGCGGUGGUGGGCCCCUGACCCCCAACCCCGCGGCUCGAGCGCGUAA